UUAUUCAUUCUCACUUAAUAGACGACGUUAGACAUUUGUAGUCGUCACCCCACGCUUAUUCUCAGGUUGUCCUCUCGUUUUUGGCUCUUUCUAUUUAAAAAGCGCUCAGGAAAUGGCAAUCACUCAAGGAGAGAUUCCUAUUCAGAAGGGUGCUUGUUCCCGAGAAAUCGCCUUCAUCCAAGAACAAAACGAAGAAUCUGCUCAAGGCGAAGAGUCUUCAGGGUGUAUUUCAAAGACUUUGGAUCUUCUAGAAUCUACACCUAAUCAGUACCCGUCAAUCACAACUAGUGGUCGGUCAUAUCUUCACUCCCAGUCAGCUCCGAACCUAAGGUGGUUUCAUGUCUGACGUUGUGCUAGUCGUCUUGCUUUGGACUCUACCGAGCCAGCAAUACCAGCCCCUACUGUUUUGCUGACCAG